CCGGCCCCGCGCCCCGGCCGCGCCCACCGCGCCCCGGCCGCCCGGAGCCACCAUGGCCGUGAGCCCCGAUGGCAAGCUGCUGGUCAGACGCUGCCUGGUGACCCUGCGGCCCUUCCGGCUCUUUGUCCUGGGCAUCGGCUUCUUCUCCCUCUGCUUCCUGAUGACAUCGCUGGGGGGCCAGUUCUCAACGCGGCGCCCCGGAGACUCCCCCUUCACCAUCCGCACUGAAGUGCUGGGCGGCCCCGAAUCCCGCGGGGUCCUCCGCAGGAUGAACGAGCUGCUGGAGGCGCUAAGCAGGCGCGUGGACACGCUGGCCAAGCUGGGCAACAGCAGUGAGCUGCGGCGGGCGGCACGACCCACGGCCCUGGACAGGCUGCCCCCAGAGGCCAGCCUCCUGGAGCGCAUUCAGGCCAUAGCCCGCAAUGUGUCCGACAUUGGCGUGAAGGUGGACCAGAUCCUGCGGAACAGUCUGCUGCUGCAGGGCAAAGUGUCCGAAGGUCGUCGGGACCAGUGCGAGGCGCCCAGUGACCCUAAGUUCCCCGACUGCUCAGGGAAGGUGGAGUGGAUGCGUGCCCGCUGGACCUCCGACCCCUGCUACGCCUUCUUUGGGGUGGAUGGCACCGAGUGCUCCUUCCUGGUCUACCUCAGCGAAGUCGAGUGGUUCUGCCCAACGCUGCCCUGGAGGAACCGCACGGCCCCAGCCCCCAAGAAGCCCCCCAAAGUUCAGGCCAACUUCCGGAGCAACCUGUCCCACCUCCUGGAGCUGAUGGGCAGCGGGAAGGAGUCGCUGAUCUUCAUGAAGAAACGGACCAAGCGCCUCACUGCCCAGUGGGCUCUGGGUGCCCAGCGCCUGGCACAGAAGCUGGCCGGGGUCCGAAGGGACCAGAAGCAGAUCCUUGUGCACAUCGGCUUCCUGACAGAGGAGUCUGGGGACGUGUUCAGCCCCCGGGUGCUCAAGGGCGGACCCCUGGGGGAGAUGGUGCAGUGGGCAGACAUCCUGGCAGCGCUCUACGUGUUGGGCCAUGGGCUACACAUCACCGUGUCAGUGAAAGAGCUGCAGAGUAACUUAGGGGUGCCGCCAGGCCGGGGGAACUGCCCGCUCACCGUGCCCCUGCCCUUCGACCUCAUCUACACCGACUACCACGGCCUACAGCAGAUGCGACAGCACAUGGGACUGUCCUUCAAGAAGUACCGGUGCCGGAUUCGGGUGAUUGACACCUUCGGGACGGAGCCAGCCUACAACCAUGAGGAAUACGCCACUCUGCAUGGCUACCGCACCAGCUGGGGCUACUGGAACCUUCAGCCCAAACAGUUCAUGACCAUGUUCCCUCACACCCCGGACAACUCUUUCAUGGGCUUUGUGCUAGAGGAACUGAGUGGCUCCGAGAAGCGGCUGGUGGCGGGUGGCAAGAGCGGCGGCAUGGCUGUGGUGUAUGGCAAGGAGGCGAGCAUCUGGAAGGGCAAGGAGAAGUUUCUGGGCCUCCUGAACAAGUACGUGGAGAUCCACGGCACGGUGUACUAUGAGAGUCAGCGGCCCCCCGAGGUCCCGGCCUUCGUGAGGAACCACGGCCUCCUCCCACAGCCCGAGUUCCAGCAGCUGUUGCGCAAAGCCAAACUCUUCGUGGGCUUCGGCUUCCCCUACGAGGGCCCCGCGCCGCUGGAGGCCAUCGCCAACGGCUGCGUGUUCCUGCAGGCCCGCUUCAGGCCGCCCCACAGCUCCCUCAAUCACGAGUUCUUCAGGGGCAAACCCACGUCCAGGGAGGUGUUCUCCCAGCACCCCUACGCCGAGAAGUUCAUCGGGAAGCCUCAUGUGUGGACGGUGGAUUACAACGACUCGGCCGAGUUUGAGGCUGCCCUCCAGGCCAUCCUCAGCACCCAGGUGGAGCCAUACCUGCCCUACGAGUUCACGAGUGAGGGCAUGCUGGAGCGCCUGCACGCCUACAUCCAGCACCAGGAUUUCUGCGCUGCACCCAGCCCUACGCCCGCAGGAGCACCGGCCCUGCAGGGACCCCUGGUGCUGUCCCCCAACGCCAGCCACCUGGAGUGGGCUCAGAACGCCAGCCUGACCCCCGGGGCCUGGCCACCCGAGCGCUCCCUGCGGGCCUGGCUGGCGGCCGAGGGCCGGGCCUGCACCGACGCCUGCCUGGACCACGGGCUGGUCUGCGAACCGGCCUUCUUCCCCUUCCUCAACAGCCACGCGGCCUUCCAGAUGCUGCAGGUGCCCUGUGACAGCACCGAGUCGGAGAUGAGCCACCUGUACCCCGCGUUCGCGCAGCCCGGCCAGGAGUGCUUCCUGCAGAAGGACGCCCUGCUGUUCAGCUGCGCGGGCGCCAGCACCAAGUACCGCCGGCUGUGCCCGUGCCGGGACUUCCGCCGGGGCCAGGUGGCCCUGUGUCGGGACUGCCUGUGAGUCCUCGCCCCGCGCUGGCGAUCGGAGGCUCCCCCCCGGCUUUGCUCGGGGGGGGACGGAGGCCUGGACCCUCGCCGUGCCCGAGCCUGGGUUCGAGCUGGCCCCGUGGCGCAGGAAACGGUCCUGGGUGCGGAGAACCCCGUGAGGGUCAGCUGGGGUUGUAGACAGAAGGGGCAGGGCCCGGCAGGCCAGAGGGGGUCCCUGCACCUGCUCCUCCUCGCCCCACCCUCCUGCCUGCCAGAGGCCCUCCCCCCUCGGACAAUUGGGGGGGCACAGGGCCAACCAGACCGGGCCUCCUCCUGCUUGUCUCAAUCUUCUCUCGGGGCGUCUCCUGCACCCCCUGGCAUGACUUGGAUCCCAGACCUCUCCAAAGCUGCCCAACCCGUCCAGCCUGGGAGAGUCCCGGGGCCUCAUCUCUGCUCCCCCAACAUCUCCCUCAGCCGGAGGGGGGGGGACCCAGUGACCUGCGGGUUCCUGGCUCCCUUCUCACCGCUGCACCCUGUCCCCGUGGCCUGCCUGUCCCCCACUCUCGCCUGCACCCCAGCCCGGCCUGAUUGACCUGGUCAGGCCCCGGAAUCACUGCCACCCUCCAUUCCCAUUCUGACCCUUUCUUGUCCCCCCCACCAUUCUGCCCCCACCAGACCCGCCCUGCCAGGGGACAGACACUCACAUCAGAUGCUCACAUGGGGGAUGGACCCUUCUCUGGGCCUGGGGCCUCGGUGACACUCCACCCCCCAGGCUCCUUGUCCCCAGCACUGCCCUGCCGGGGAAAGCAAUAGAGAUACUCUCCUCUCUUUUUUAAAGAUUUAUUUCUUAAAUAAUAAAUAUUUUAUCGCGAUGUGUGGAA